AUGAUCACCGAACUGUUACUUGCGACGCAGGAUCGUACUUACGCAAACGAGAAAGGCCCGGGCGUGCACAGAGCGCGCCAUGUCGAACCCGGCUGCGGUGGAAGGGGACAUGCCGAGGGCCAACAACAAGUCGAAUGCUGCCGCCAUCGAUUCUUCAUCGUCGUCGCAGCAGCAACAGCCGCACGCGCUCUGGGUAUCUCGCUGAACAAGCUGAAGCGAGCCUGCCGCCAGUACGGUAUCCCGCGCUGGCCGUACCGGCAGGUUCGGAGCAUUCGAAGCACCAUCCAUAGCCUCAAGAAUGCCCUCGAGAAGUGCGACAGCGACAUCGAACGAGCCAGCCUUAAGGACAGGCUUGAGUCUCUCAUUAAGAAGGAGAGCCUGGUGUGCAAGUUCGCCAGCUGCGGCCUCACGGGACCUCUUCGAAACAUGCUCUUCAGCUCCAAACCGGAAAGUAUCUGCGACGUACUGAUCAAGGACAUCGUGGAGCAGUCGGGGCGACCCAUCGGCGCCGGGGGAGCUGGCCAAGACCAAGCUAACGUGGCGGGGUUGAAGCGCAGGAGAGAGCAGGGAGAAGGAGUGGGGGUGGGGGUGGGGAUGGUGGGGCACGCAGAUGGGAUGUCGAUGCCACCGGGGUACGGUUCGGACAAGCAGCACGUCUGGAUGCCCGCGAACAUGUCCCCGAAUAUGUACCGGAUGCCUAUGGGACCGGCAGGAGGGGGUCAUAUGCCCCCCCCCGGCAUGGACAUGGGGAUGCAGUACUUCAUGCCGCCCGAUUCCACCGGCGGUAUGGGCUACAUGGACGGGAGCCAGCACCACCACCAUGCUCCAGGGGCGGGGGCUCAGCCGCAGCACCAGGGCCAGCACCCCCAACAGGCGCAGCAGCAGCAACUCAUGCUGAUGCAGUCGAACCCGGGCUUCGCGAUGCAAGGGGGCUUCGUGCCGGUGGGCUACGACUUGUACAGCCAAGCCGCACCGUUCGCCGGAGCCGGCAUGGACGGCCUCUCUGCCGGCGCUCCGGGGGCUGCUCACCCUCUCGUUCCCUACAUGCAGGGGGCGCGUAUCCCCGGUGCUACUGGUGCAGGCGAUGCGAUGCGGGCGUCUGCAGCGCACUACCCGCAGCAAUGGCACAGUGGUGAGGCGGCGGGCCUAGGUGGCAACGUGGCGGCGAUACUCCAACAGCAACAGCAACAAUUCAUGCAGCAGAGACGGCUUCAUCAACAACAGAUCCGCGUGCGGACCAAGGCGGCGAGGUUCCUGCUCCUCCUCCCCCUUCUCAACACCAACAGCAGCACUUAG